GCUACGAUAAGUGAAAGACACACAAAACUUCAUCAGAGGGAAUCCAAGAUGGCCGCUACCCGAGUGUCGAAAGCGCCUGACCCAAUGGACGUUGUGAUUCAAACCAACAUGGGUGUCAACUCAAUCGGUGACGGUCAGUGGCGACCCUUAAGUUCAAUCAGUCAUCACACUGAUAACUCACAUCUUAAAGAUCCCAAGGAGACUGAUAACUUCGGUGAAGAAGGGUAUCCAGGAACAGUGUCACUCAGGAGCAAGUCAAGGGUCUCAAUCGCCCCUAUUGCCCCCUCAAACGAAGAGCCAAUCCAAGUGCAAGGGUUUUCCAGCUACCCUCCACGGGACCCACCACCAACCAGAGCAGUAAGCACAGCGUCUCACAGAGUGAACCCGGCCAGACGCCGUUCCCACCGUCUGAGAACGGCACCAGGGAAGAUGGAACGGCGAACGACGGAGCUACACAAGGCGUUCGUCACGAUGGACGCACGUAACAGGGUGACGGUAGAUGUUAUAAAGGGUAGCGCCAGAACGUCUGCGAACGCCUUCGAUGACAGGGUUUGUCGUCCAUACAGCGUUUAUACCGUAACGCAGCAAUGCGAGCGGCUUGCGAUAAGCCCGUUUGGAGGACCCCUCAUGAACAGUGCGGCUGGGAGGUACCGCGAGCGAUACCUUACGAAACAUCGUCCGGACGUUGUGCAGGAUGGAACCCGUGGUGGCUCAAGCAACAAAACAACGUUCCAGAGAUUCUACGACAAUCUUGACUUAUUGGCGAUCAACGUCAAACGCAUACCAUUCGGAACCCUCCGCAAACCGCCUCCAAAGCAGGCACGUAAAGCUGACAGUCAGACGAAGUCAGUGCCUACGCAACUCCAUAAGUACACGAGCGAGAGAAUUGCCAACCUUCACGAAUCGAUGGACCGGCAAGACGGUCCGUCCAGCCCCCGUAUAAACGGCAAGCAAUUAAGUGUCAUGGGUGUUGAAUACAAGGUAGCCAUGGAGGUAUCUAGUAAUCUCGAAAAACAUCGCAUGAGUCGACCGAGUAACGUGCCAGGUCUACCGAACUUGUCCGCUUCCAGGACCGAUGCUCCACGUCUCCAGAUCCAAAGCGAGCGCCUCCUGACCCUGGGCGAGCAAUCUCUGAAAGACGGUAUCUCAUCCAACCUGUUCGACAGUGAUCGUAGUAAACGAGGCCCGAUCAAGGCCAUUGAAAAACCACCUCGCCGGGUCAAAUCCCCACCGCUCUCCAAACUUUCGCGAGAGAAGUUUUACCCUGAAGCACAAAGGCGUCGGGAACAGGGAACGUGGGCCGAAUUGCGAAUCGGGCGCCCCGUCACUCCGCCGGCUUCUGAGUACACUGCUGUUCAAUCGGCGUCGUUUGUCACGACCGCACGACCAUUGACAUCAAUGACGUCACGGACGGGAGUCUCAGAAAGUGAAGAGAAAACACAGUCGACCAAAGGCAAGACCGACGAACUUCCGAAGCUGGAAGAUGUCAGUUCUGAGAAAGAAAUCUCCGAAACUGGUCGUACAACUCCUGAUAAAAACAAACAAAGUGAGGAAGAAAAAACCCAUGACGUAAAUCGCGACCAAUUUGAAACUCUUCCUGAUGAUCCAGUAGUGGGAGUUUCCCAAGAGGGCGAACGGGAUGCUUGCGGAACACCGUUAUCUAGCCGAUCCCUGGUUAUUACCGUCCCGGACGGUGAUUGCGCUCUCGGCGAGGACAAUGAUGACGCCAUUGGCGAGGUAACUGAUGAACUUGGUGUUGUAGGCGAAACUGGAAGUGAAAUUACAGACGGCGAGAAAAUUGUUUCUACUGGCACCGAAGAGUACUCGGAAAACACUGUCGAUGAAACUGUCGGAGAAGUCGAACACAAUCAGGAUGAGAAAACUAAUGAUCAACUUGACGAGUCGAUUGACCUUAAUCAGAGCGUGGAAGUUGAUGGUCAAUCUGAUGAUUCUGUCGAACAUAACCCUGUUGUAGACCAUGAUUGUCAACCCAAGGAAACUGGCAGUAAAAACGACACCAGAAAGCCCGAUGAAAAGCCUGAUGAACCUGUCGAGCAGAGUGAGAACCCCAAUGACGUGCCCAGCGAACCUGGUGACGACUAUACGAGCGGGAACAUUAUAGACUUAUCUGUCGAACAAGACGGACAGGACCAGUUGGAAAACCCGAAAAAUCAGUCCGUUGAGCUUGUCGAACAGGACACAAGUGUUGGCCCUGACGAUCAACCUAACGAACGAAUCGAGCAAGAACAGAAUAUGAACAAUGACAACGAAAUCGCCGAGCCAGUCGACAAUGGACUCGUUGAAAAUGUCUAUCAGAUUUAA